GCGCUUUGGGCGGUGCGCCCGGAAGUGGCGGAGCGGUUUCAGCGGCGCUCCCGGAAGUGGCGGGAGGUUCGGGUCGAGCAUCUCCGUGAUGGCGGCAGCACCGCUGCGCGUGCUGGCAUGUGGCGACGUGGAGGGACGGCUAGACGCGAUCUUCGGGCGAGUCCGCGCCAUCCAGGCCAAGAGCGGCCGCUUCGACAUGCUUUUGUGUGUCGGGAAUUUCUUUGGCUCUACUUCCGAGGCAGAAUGGGCCGAGUACCGCACAGGAGCCAAGAAAGCUCCAAUCCCGACCUAUGUGCUUGGUGCUAACAACCAGGACACCCUGAGCUAUUUCCCAGACGUCAGCGGCUGUGAAUUAGCUGAGAACAUCACUUACCUGGGCCGCAGGGGUGUGUACAGCGGCUGCUCGGGGCUGCAGAUCGCCUACCUGAGCGGCACCGAGGCGCAGCAGCAGCCGGCGCCCGCCCACAGCUUCAGCGCCAAGGACGUGGCCGAGCUGAAAACCUCUCUGCUGUCAACCCCAAACUUCAGGGGUGUGGAUAUAUUGCUGACAUCCCCCUGGCCCAGAGACGUGGGGACUUACGCCAACAGCGCGGGGGAAAUAGAUACCAAGAAGUGUGGCUCCAAGUUAGUAUCAGAUCUAGCUGCAACUCUCAAACCAAGGUACCAUUUUGCUGCCCUGGAGAAGGCCUAUUACGAAAGACUUCCUUACAGGAAUCACAUGGUGCUACAGGAGACCCCACAGCACGUGACCAGGUUUAUUGCGCUUGCUGAUGUUGGCAAUACAAGCAAGAAAAAGUACCUCUAUGCCUUCAGCAUCGUGCCCAUGAGCUCAAUGGACCCUGCAGAGCUGGUGAAGCAGCCUCAGGACGUCACUGAAAAUCCCUACCGGAAAUUGAGGAAGGAGGCUCCCAAGAGCAAAGCCCCACUCUCUGCAGAGGAAGAACCAGCUUGUCAGUUUUUCUUUGACUUGAACAAGCAUCAGGGAAAGAAACGUCCCUCAGAUGGGAAAGAGAGAGGGGACUCCCAGCCUAAGCAAGCCAAGAAACCCCCUCAGCUCACAGGGCCCUGCUGGUUCUGCCUGGCCAGCCCAGAGGUGGAGAAGCACUUGGUUGUCAGUAUUGGCACACAUUGCUACCUUGCCCUGGCCAAAGGGGGUUUGUCACCUGACCAUGUCCUGAUCCUGCCAAUUGGGCACUAUCAGUCAGUGGUGGACUUGUCUUCAGAGGUGCUGGAAGAAGUGACCAAGUACAAGGCUGCCCUAAAGGAAUUUUUCAGAAGCAAGGGAAAGAGAUAUGUCCUAUUUGAAAGAAACUAUAGGAGUCAGCAUCUGCAGCUACAGGUAUGGUUUGGCUGUUACUGUGGGAAAACAAACUUGCACUGAAUAUAAACUCCAGAUGAAUUGAAAGAGUAAUUUCGGGGUUUAUCCUGGUGGUUCCUGCGUGUGGCAGGUCUGUAAGUGUAUCAGAGCUGUAGCAGAACUACCACAGAGAUGAGAAAGGAGGGGGAUGUGCUGAGAACUUUCAAGCUUUGGGUUUUCAGCUCUCUGUCCAGCUCCAACAGGAAAAAAGGUCUCAUAAGUUUAAGCCUGUAGAGAUGGGUGCUCACCUGUCUUGUGUGAUGAGGCUGAGCUGCACUGAGGAGCCCACAAGCUCCAGUGAUGGACUGAUGGCUUCCUGCAAAUGGAUGGUCUUGUGUUCUUUUAUGGAACUGUCCUCCC